AUGCCUGCGAUGAACAACAAUAGAUUGAUUGCAUCGCUGGUGAUGUUGGCCAUGACUGCAUUGAUUAUGCAAUCUGCCAACGACAAACACUUUGCAUAUUCAUUCAACAUUGAAUCUGCAACUAUCGUCCAGAAGAACACUAAUGUGCUGGGUGUCGACGUCUCAUUUGCAAUGAUCGACGUGACGUUUGAUCGCGAUCUGUACAUUCACAAGGCAAGCGCCUGUCCCAACUUCACAUGUCCAACACAACCCGCCAUCAACUGCGCAUGUGACUACACCGACCCCGCGGAAUGCCCCAAGAAGCUGGACGCCAGCUGUCCAGCAUGUCCGGCAUCCAAAAACGGCGUUGUGUUCUGCAGCCCCGAUUCCCCAUGGACAACGCUGCAAGCCAACCAAACCUACACCUUCUCCAACAUCACCAGUGCCAAGUCAUUCAGAUACAAGCCCAUAACUAGUUAUUGCGAGGGUUUCAAAGUACAUAUAUCUCAAGAGUAUGGAGACAUGGUACUUUAUGAAGGCACUGACAGAACGCCAUUGGCAAGGUACACUGGAUUGGAAUACAUUGAUCAGGAGUUGUCCAUGAAUAUUUGCCCAACCGAUAAUAAUAUGGGACCUUCUAGGAAGUCAUGGACGAACGGCACCUACUUCUUCAGGGUGGAGCCCAACUCCAACUCGCCGUUGAUCUCCUAUAGUAUAACUAUCUACUCUGCACCGGUACCAGCAGUCGAUGUCAACGCCCCAAUGUGCACCAACGUCACCAAAAGACACAGAUGUGUAUCCGAUGGAGUGCAGAUGUUUGGCGAGACCACCGAGGAUGGUGUGGUCGACUUUUACUCAUUCGCUGUCGAUCGCAACAUGUCCCUUGCUAUCGCCAUCCCCUACCUUGGUCAAGCCAUCAACUUCUUCAUAUCCGAUGAUCGAUACGCUGACGACUUCAGAUGGGCAGCCGUUCAACCAAAUGAGAACAAUGGAAUUAUUGAGGUUGGACCAUGGCCAAAUGGAACAGCCAGGAUACUUUACAUUCAAGCCUACGUAUCCUAUGCUUGCAAGUAUACUUUUAGUCUUCAGUCACACGCGACACUUUGGAAGAUCCCAAUCACUAGUGGAUUCCCAAGAGGCAGUAGCUUCAGUUUGUAUGGCUCAUCAAGGAUUGUCUCUCCAAGUGAGGUCUUCUCCACUGCAAUGCCCGGUCUCGCAUUCACCGCGCUCGCACCAAGAAAGUACAACAACCCAUUGUGGCCCGUGCCUUCGGACAUUCGCGAUCUACCAUUCCUGGCCACGAUCGACUUCUUUGACACACUUUACAUCAGUGAGCCCUCCAACGUGCCCAAGAGUCGCACAUACCAAGCCAGCUUCUUACUCUCCUACAAUGACCAAGCAUCUGGAUUGAUUGUCAAGGGCACCAUGGAGACACUUCUAAACUCCACCCUUGAGUUCAGCAGCACCAUCAUUGAUGAGAAUGGACUUCCAUUGACAGCAAUAUUGAUGCUCAAGGAAGGCAAUAUUACAUGUGAUUAUCAGGAGUUCAACACAUUGCUCGAUGAUAUCAAGUUGAAGGAGUCCAGCAUUUACUCUGGCAAUAACUAUAACGAAGUGUCAGCUUUGCGUUAUGAGUUGGAUGCUCACACACUUAGAGAUCCAUGGUAUGGAUGCAUGUCCAACGCCAAUGAUCUAUUGAAGAUGGAGGUGCUAGACAAAGUGGAGCUCACAACAAUGUGCACUCUCAAGCCCAAUGAUCCCAAGUACUUGACCGACCCAUGUUGUGACACCUCCUUGCAGUUCUCCCAAUGUUGUAUCCCACGUAACAUCACUAUUCCUACACUGUCAAUCGUUGGAACCAAAGAAGCCUCUGUCAAACAACAAUGUUCCAGUUACUCAUGCACUACAUCAGUGUUGGAUGAAUAUUCUCUCGCGCUGGCCAGUGUUAACAAGGGUGAUUGCUCACUGUCACAGACUGAAUAUAACAAGUACCAACUCAAUGUUGCCAAUACUCUGAGGUCAUGCAAGGAUGUCUACGAUUGGGUCUACUGUGUGAAUGACUCAAUGUGCGCCGACUUGGGCGACAACACAAAGUGCAAUCUCUACAGACGCAAAUGUGAACCGGAUCGUGUGUCCCAGGACAUGAUGUACCUGUCGUGCAUUAUCAAUCAGUCCGCACCCUCCACGAUGAACUUCCUCAAGUAUCAGCUCGGUCUGGGACAGGUCCAGGACGACUCCGUGUUGAUCAAGGAUAUGUACAACAUGUUCCUCUCGAACGACUGCUCAACAUUCACUGGCAACAGCUACCGCAAGCGCUAUGUCUAUGGAACCAACGAUGGAAAUGGCGAUGGAUGCUACACAACCACCUGCUUUGAUGACUCGUGCGAGGUGGUCCACGACACAUGCCAUGAUGGAUACAUCUCCGGCUACCAGUUCCUACCCAACUUUUUGACCCAAGAUGAGUGUGCCGCCAAGAACAUUUGUACAUCUUGCGAUCCCACCGAUGAUGCAUGCAAGCUGGCAUGCGCCGCCAACAACUACUGCGGCUUCUGUCCAAACCAGCACACAACAUGCUACAACUUCAACAACACGCUCCCUGACGAGCCUUCAUGCUCCAACUCACAGGGCGUGUGUUUGUUGCCCAGUGGCCAGUAUGACUCCACGAUGACCGAGGCACAAUGCCAUAGUGCUGGCACUUGUUCCGAGACCUGCGGCGCCACAUGUGGUAUAUACAAAGGAUGUGUCUCCCCUAUGAUCACCAACCAGACUGAAUGUGAGAAGAUAACCAAUGGAACAUGGAGGUCGACUGGAAAGUAUGGCUUCUGCCAGGUCCAGAUCCAGUCCCCCGGUACGUGUGAGCUCAGAGGCCACACGUACGUCAAUUGCAAUGCCCAAGCAGUGGACGAAUGCUCAAACAUGGUUGGAGGUGGCAAAGUCGAGCUGUGCGGUCUCACACCAAUUGAGUGCACUUCCAAGGAUGACUGCGAGCAGACUGGAGGCUCGUGCACGGACGCGUUCUACUUUGACGAAGCAAACCUGCCACAGUAUCCCCAAGGUCUUGGAAAGUGCGUCCACAGGCAUGAGGCCUAUACAAACUCUGGCCGCUACACCUGCAAGAUCAUUGUCGAGAACGAUUCCCCAAUGGGCUGCAUCAAGUCCAGCCCUGACGUGUUCACCGAGGCGGAAUGCAUAGCGACUGGCGGAGAAUGGUGGAGGCAGGCUUAUUCACAAACAGCUUGUGAGCAGAACAUGGGAUGUUUGGCUCCAUCGACCUACUCUACACUGCCCAAUCAAUUCCGAUUCAAUGAGAUGAACGAGACGCAAUGUAAUAUCUGUCAAAACAAUGAUAACAAAUGGACCAACAAGUUCUCCUGGAAGGCUGGACGAUGGAUGCCUGGCGUGAUGGUCAAGCCCAAGUGGCUGACUACCACCCGCGUCAACAUGACUACCUGGGGACCGACCUUUGACUUUGAGAAGUUUGCCAACGCCCUCCAAGGCGCCAACUAUGGACAUCUGGUCAAUCAGAUGCGUUCCUCGGCCAUGUGUCGUAUGAACCGUCUUCAAGAGAAUCUUGACUCGCUAGCAUGCAGUUGCUCUGGCCCUGGCGGUGCCCAAUGCUUUGGCUCAUCGGCCAUCCUACUUGGCACAACUGUCGCAUGCGCUGAAGAGUCUUCAAACUUCACAUUCACCAACGGAAGGAUUAUGUUCACCAAUCAAUCAGUGCCCAUCUCUUGUGUCGACGUACUCGUGUCCCAGAUCAGCAAGCUGCUCUACAAGGCCACAGUCCAGAUCUCGCUCAGCACUGACUUUGUGUCCUACAAGAAGGCCGACUCCUACUCCCUCACAAAUGGCCACGGAGCUAUUAUUGGCAGUAUCCUCGGCGAUGGUAUCAAGGUACAACACGUGGGCGUUGACUCAUACACUGUGUGCUUGAAGCAAGUUGGACAGCCUACCUCAGACUUCCCAAUCUUGGACUUUGCCUCACAAUCAGUGAACGACACCAAGGUGCUCAUUCCUCAGAAUGCAGAGGUAUUCCCCCUCACUCUGGCUGACGGCCAAGUCUACCUGUGUGCCAACAUGAGCCUGACUGGCGAGGACACCUCCACUCACUUCCCCAUCAUCAGAGUGGCCGACUGGUCCACCGCCAAGAAGCGUCUGUUUGACCGAUCGACAACAGCACUGAUCUACACACUGGGCGUGCUGUUUGGAUUGAAUGCCCUCUGGGGCUUUGUCCAGAUCGGCUUCAUCGCCAUCAAGUUGAUUCGCGACAAGGUGCGCUUCAAGUUGGUCCACGGACUCAUCGUCUCGAUCACAACAUUCAUCACGAUUCGUUCGAUCUACUUCUUCAUCCUGCCAUCCGGCCAGCUCUCCGACUCUUUGGUGGCCGACUACAUUCUUGUCGUGUUGCCAACAUUCCUCUACUUCACGGCAUUCUCCAUCAUUGUCGUGCUGUGGUACGUCAUUGUCAGCUCAAAGAUCCACGUCAACUUCUUCAGCCGCUUCAAGCAGACCAUCAUCGUGGUGAACGUCAUCAUCUACCUGAUCUUCAUCAUCAUCGUGUUGGUGUUCAACUUCUCCAAGAAGACCGAGCGCAAUGAUUGCGGCGCCAGAAUGUCCGUCAUUCCCAGCAACACCACUCCUCAGCGUGUCGUCUCCAUCUUCUACGCCGUCGUCCAGGCAGUCAUCUCGCUGCUGAUUGGCGCGUCCUUUGUUUACCUGGGCGUGUCGAUCUACAAGCUGGUCGGCUCGCAGAACCCCAACGGACAGGUGAAGAGGUCGAGCUUCCAGAAGAAGAUCUUCAUCGUGGCGUCAACAUGCUCGGUGGGAUUCAUUCUCCAUUGCGUCUUUGUUCUGAUCCUGGUCGGUGCCGAGCCCUCCAACAUUGUGUUCAGUUUUGUCGGACUGAUCGUCACCGAGAUCAUUCCAGUGAUGAGCAUCCUAUUCGCCUACAAUCAAGGACAACUUGGUGGACUACGUCGCUCCACUGGAUCUAACGCCAGCAACCGCAUGACCAACAUCUCUGGAACAAGGUCAACCCACAUUGGAGCAUUGGAUACAUCCAACAACAGCAACCACCACACCCGAGACUCAUCCGACGGUGGCUCCCUCCAUUAG